AUGCUUUCCUUCCCUUAUCGAUACUUCCUUGUUUCUUUAACUGUCUUUCAUAUUCAAAGAAUGGAUCCAUUAGCCAUUUAUGCUAUUACCGCUGGCGGUAUUUUUGCUGUACUUUUCUUAGUGCGCGCCGUCUCUCUCCUGGCCAGUUGUAGACAUUUGUUCUCUCUCGUUGUGUCUCAACAUCUGACGCUAUUCUUCGUCAUUCGUAGGCAUCGGUUCUUGGGUCCAUGGACCGGAGCUGAUAUGUUGCUCCAUUUAUCAUAUGCUGCAAUUAACGUUUUCCUUGUCUCAUUCAGAAUCACGUCGUUGACUGGCGCUGGCCGCCGGGCUGGAGAGCUGGCUCUGGUGAACUUGGUUUUCCCUUUAUCAACUAUCCACCUAGCCUACCUGGCGGACCUCCUUGGUAUCAAAUGGAACUCCUGUCGAAAGAUCCAUCGUGCUACUAGCUGGAUGGCUGUUGCCCUGCUAUCAUUUCACAUUGUUACAGUAGUUCAUGGCCAGGGCUUUACAUUUCCACUCCGCGAACAGCAAAAUCUUUGUGCUAUGAUUGCUGCGGCCUCCCUGGGCGCCCUUGCCCUGCAUUCGAUUCCUUGGUGUCGUCACUGGUCCUACGAGAUCUUUCUUCGAGGACAUCAGAUUCUCGCCGGUCUCUUCGCCUACGGGGCUUGGCAGCAUCUCCCAUCACAGAGCACUUCUUCAAAAAUAUACCUCUUAAUUGCGCUGGGAACUUUUGUGUUGACUUUAGUCUUAGAGCUUAUAACCCUCCUAUAUUAUAACGGUCUCUUCGCAGGCCGUGGUACUCCCAGGGCUAUCGUGUCAUUCAGCGCAAGCGAAUCUAAAGAAGGCCCUGUGGCCAACGCUGUCCACAUUCGCGUUUUGUUGCCUCGACCAGUGAAAGUAGAAGCGGGACAGUAUAUCAACCUCUGGAUGCCCUCAGUCAGUCUAUGUUCGUGGAUGCAGACUCACCCUCUCAUGGUUACAUCGUGGUCCAAAGGCAAGCAAGAUACUGUGGAGCUUCUGGUAAAGCCACGCAGUGGUUUCACUGCGGAUCUUCUUCGCUAUGCCCCUGCUGCUGCGGGGAGCUCGGUCUCUUUCCUAGCUUUGUUUACUGGUCCUCAUGGAGUGAGUGAGGAAGCUAGCGACUAUGAGAACAUUCUAGUGUUGGCCAGCGGACCUGGGAUCGCCGCGGCCAUUCCAUGCCUAAAGAAAAUGAUCCACAGUUACAACACCUGCACCUCCCAGGUUCGCCGGCUACAUUUGGUAUGGCAGGUAGAAUCUGUUGACCAGAUGACCCCCGCAUUGUCUCUUAUCAAUAACCUCCUGAAGGAUGAUAUCAUGGAUGAUGGCUAUAUACUGCAUAUUUCGAUUUACGUCAGCGACGGUAUUGAGCAGAAUGGAUUACCAUUUGGCAGACAUAAGCGAGUUUAUAUUUAUCAGGAAGUGCCUGAUUACCAAAGCAUCAUUUCUGUCGAGGCAUCCGGCGACCAGGUUGAGAGACUGCCCAACAUUUGGGAUGAGCAAGGUCGGACACUAAUACGUAUUGACCGUCCUGGCUAG